GGCUUCCCAGUACCGCCUCUUGGCGGCGGCAGCGGAGGCACUAUGGCUGACGGCAGCGGCCCUGCCGAAGCGCCCAGUCCCCGGGGCUCCCCGGGCCGGGUGCUGCGGGUCCCGCGCCCAGUGGGCCCAGGAGGCGGCGGCGGCUGCUGCGGGGAGACGCCGAGGACGCCGGCGCUGGCGCUGCGCUUCGACAAGCCCAUCAAGCAGGCCUUCUACAACACGGGGGCCGUGCUGUUCGUGUGCCUGUGUUGCGGCGCCGCCGUGCUCGUCUACUUCAUCCUGGAGGCCUUCCUGCGGCCGCUGCUGUGGGCCGUGCUGUGCGGCACCUUCUUGCACCCCUUCAAGAGCUCGCUGACGCGCCUGGGCCGCCACUGGCUGCAGCGCCUGCACCGCGCGCACACGCCCAUCGUGCUGGCCGCGCUGCUGCUGCCGCUCUGCUUCGCCGACUACGGCGUCGAGGCCCUGGGCGAGCAGGCGCUGCGCCGCCGCCGCCUGUUGCUGCUGCUGGGCGCGGGCGGCCCUCUCCUCUACGGCCUCUACAGCCUCGGCAGCUACCUGGGCGUGCAGGUGCUGCUGGCGCACGUCGGCGCGCUCAUCUGCCGCGGGCUCGACUACUUCAGCAGCCUGUGGAUCUGGACGUUGGUAGUUGGCUAUGUGUUGACUGUUUCAUUCAAGUGGAAUGCAAGCACUGAACGCUACUUGAGAGCAGUUUCAAUUCCUGUCUGGAUUAUAUUGCUUUUUCAUUUAGCAUCCCUGGCUGGCUCAUGGAGAAUUCCAGUGUUCCUGGUUAUUGUUUUCCUGAUGUCUGUGGGUACCCUCUAUGAGAAACAGAAUGGAAAAGAGUCUUCUGGAGCAGAGUUACCAGGGCAGGUUAUUUCCAUGGCAGCUUCUACUCUAGCGACCUUGGCCAUCUCCAUUACAGGGUACGAAUCCAGCCCUGACGACCCGCCCUCCGCCCAGCCUGCAGAAACCAUGGAUGGAGGAGAUCCCCCUCCAGCAUUAUCCUCCUCUCCUUCACCUUCCACCCCUUCACCCACUCUGGGCAGACAGAGGCCUGAAAUGGGAACGUUUGUCAGGAAGAAGAAAACCAGCGACAUCUACUUCGUGUCCCUGGUGUGGGCCAUUAUCGGAGUCCAGCUCUGGCUGAACCUGUGGAUCGUACAGCUGCUACCGGUGCCGAUUGCAGUCUGGAUCCUCAAAAAGCUUGUUAUUCAUUUUGGAGUUGUGGACUUCCUGGAGAAACGCUGCCUUGUGUGGUGGCAGGCUGUGGAGCACUUCCUCAAGGAGCGGCAAGAGGCUCUCGCCCCGUGGCCAGUUGUUGGGCUUGGAAAAUUCUUGUUAAAAGUUGAUAGCAAGCUCUGGCACUGGCUAAAUAAGAAGAUGAUCAUCUGGUUGGAGAAGAUGUUAGACAAAAUAAUAAGCAUUUUCAUCAUAUUUUUGUUAGUAAUAGGAACUCUUCUGUUAGCUCUACUCCUGACUGCAAAGGUGCAUCAAGAGAGUGUACACAUGAUUGAAGUCACAAGCAGUUUGAUUAAUGAGACUCUAGCAAAUCACCCUGAGUGGGCAAAUUGGCUUCCUGAGGCUCAAGUAGUCCAAAGAGCCCUCAAUUCUGCAGCUAACAACGUGUACCAGUAUGGAAGAGAAUGGAUAACACACAAGCUUCAUAAAAUUCUGGGAGAUAAGGUGAACAAUACUGCUGUAAUUGAAAAGCAAGUACUAGAACUUUGGGACAGAUUGUAUCAUUCUUGGUUUGUAAAGAACGUAACGCACUCUGGAAGGCACAAAGGACAGAAGAUGCAUAUAAGUCGUCAGAAUAGCUGGCUGGGAGACAUCCUGGACUGGCAGGAUAUCGUUUCCUUUGUUCAUGAGAACAUUGAGACAUUUCUUUCGAUCUUAGAGUCUCUGUGGAUUGUCAUGAGCCGGAACGUGAGCCUGCUUUUCACCACUGUCACGACGCUGCUGACCAUCCUCUUCUACAGUGGGACUGCCCUUCUCAAUUUCGUGCUGUCUCUGAUAAUUUUCCUGACCACACUAUUUUAUCUAUUAAGUUCCAGCGAUGAGUACUACAAGCCAGUGAAGUGGGUGAUAAGCCUGACACCACUGUCUCAGCCAGGUCCUUCUUCUAAUAUUAUUGGCCAGUCUGUGGAAGAAGCUAUCAGAGGGGUGUUUGAUGCUUCCCUCAAAAUGGCUGGCUUCUAUGGAUUGUACACAUGGCUGACUCAUACCAUAUUUGGCAUCAAUAUUGUCUUCAUACCAUCAGCAUUAGCAGCAAUCCUAGGAGCAGUGCCAUUUCUGGGGACAUACUGGGCAGCAGUACCUGCAGUUCUAGAUCUGUGGCUCACACAAGGCUUAGGGUGCAAAGCCGUCUUACUGUUGGUUUUUCAUCUCUUGCCAACAUACUUUGUAGAUACGGCCAUCUAUUCGGAUAUAUCAGGAGGUGGGCAUCCUUACUUGACAGGCUUGGCAGUGGCUGGCGGGGCAUACUACUUAGGCCUGGAAGGAGCAAUCAUUGGGCCCAUACUUCUCUGCAUACUCGUGGUCGCUUCCAAUAUCUAUAGUGCUAUGCUAGUGAGUCCCACAAAUUCAGUGCCCACGCCAAACCAGACCCCGUGGCCUGCCCAGACUCAGCGGACUUUCCAUGAUAUUUCUGAUGAUGCGAAAUCUUCAGUAGACUGACAUGGUUUGCACCACAGCGAUUUCUAUAGGAGGUUCGGUUUCUCACAGCUCAGCUGUGGCCUUCUGUCCUUUCAUCUGUGCCUAGCAAGCAGAGCCCAGGAAAGCAGCAGAACCCUCCUGGCCUUCCAUACAGAAUGCCUGGACAAGAGAGAACUUGCUGUGGGUUGCUUUGCCUUUUAAAGCACAGCUUUAGAACUCAGAAUUGUGGUUUGCUCACUUACCUGUUGCUAAGAUGGCUUGAAAAUUUUCAGUUUAUACACUGGUAACUUGGCUCGAAAUUUCCCACUUUGGUUAUCUAUAUUAUUAUAAUAUGUAUUUAUAAAGGUAUUUUAAGAGUCCUGAACUACCUGCUGUUAAAAAUAUUCACCGUGUAAUUUUCUCCUGGUUUAAGAAAUCCGUUCUUAAACAUUUUUAUGACCGUCACUUUUUAAUGAAGAGGGUUUUUCACUUUUGAAAAUGUAGUUGCUUGAGCAGGAAAAGGGAGUCUUCUACCCUUCUACCUACUCCCCUCUGUGAGUGUAAGGCCCGGUGGCUUAUUUGAAGGUCAGCAAGGUGUGUGUUGCAACCACAGGAGACAGAGAAAAACAAGCUCUUCCUCCCUUUCUCCUCCCU